ACAGACACACACACACAGAGAGGCAUCAUGGCGGACGUGUUGGAUCUUCAUGAAGCGGGAGGCGAGGACUUUCCUAUGGAUGAGGAUGGUGAUGAGAGCAUCCACAAGCUGAAAGAGAAAGCAAAGAAGAGGAAAGGACGAGGCUUCGGAUCAGAGGAAGGAGCCAGGUCCAGAAUCAAGGAGGACUACGAUACUGUGGAACAGGAUGGUGAUGAGCCAGGACCUCAGAGAUCUGUGGAGGGCUGGAUCCUGUUUGUGACAGGCGUUCAUGAAGAAGCCACAGAGGAGGACAUCCAUGACAAGUUUUCAGAGUUUGGAGAAAUCAAGAACCUGCAUCUCAACCUUGAUCGUAGAACAGGCUACCUCAAGGGGUAUGCACUGGUGGAGUAUGAGACAUACAAAGAGGCCCAGGCAGCCAUGGAAGGGCUCAACGGUCAGGACAUGAUGGGCCAGCCUAUCAGUGUGGACUGGGGAUUUGUCAGAGGCCCCCCCAAGAACAAGAGGAGGACUGGUGGUCGGAGACGCAGCAGAAGUCCAGAUAGGAGGCGGCGUUAAAGUUUGGCAGUUUCCAUUGGCCAGAGGAGGUGUCAGUCACUUUGACAGGCAGUUUAUAAUCGUAUCUUCUCAUACAAAGAAUUUUUUUUUUUUUUUGUAUGUACAAUAUUUUUCAGUAGCAGUUGUAUGACAUUGACAUCUAGUUGUACAAUUUCAACAAUUGACACAAAGAAUGACAGAGUAAUAAGUUGGCUGAACAGCAGCAUUUGCAUUUUUUUCCUGUUUGUGUGUAAUUGUUUAACCUAGAUUUGAAAAACUCUCCCAAGAUUUGCUCCAACUCUGACAUUUUUUAAAGUAGGUUUAUCUGCAGACAGGCGUUAUGUAGUGGAGUGGGGGUGUGUGUGUGUAAUUAGACCUUUCUCACAUCUUUUACUAUCACCCUAACCACCUCACUCCUCAUGCUUUUAAACCUAACCAACAAAGUUAACGAGUACUAGCCAAUCAGAAGCAGAGUAGCAAAUCCAGACAUGACCAUCUUGUUUUUUUCUCUCUCUCUCUCAACACAACGGUGAAACUUAUGUUUAAACUCUCAGCACCAGCUUCUAGGUUUGUUUAUGGAUUUGAUUUUCCUCUCAAAAAAUGUUGUUUCAGUUUACUUUAGUUAUGUGUAUUUUAUUGUGCCUAACUGUUUUUGUUUUAUAACUUGGGGAAUAUUAAACUUUUUAAAAAGG